CGUGUGCGUCAGUGUGUGUCUGUGUGUGUGUUUGGUCAGUAGCAUGGCGUCUCUCGGCCUUCUGCUGCUCAGCACCGCGCUGCUGCACACCGUCCAGGCUCGACCUGCAGGUCACGAGAGGGGGCGGGGCCUGGACGUCUCAUUGGUUGAGCUGAGUCGUCAGCGCAGAGACCUCCGUAACCUGCUGCCCUACGAGGACCGGAUGUCUUAUCCGGUCUCUCAAGGAGGAGGCGGAGCCAUGGAGCCGUACUACCAAGCAGAUAACUGGAGGGGGCAGGGCUUAGAUCAGGCCCUGCAGCGAUUGGUGGAGAGGGAUCAGAGGCGGGCUCAGGAGGAGGAGCAGAAAGCAGCCUACCUCGCCGCUCUGCUCCGCCUCCUGGGCGAGGCAGAGAGCACGGGAUUGGUCGAUCCAGAUGUGGAGGUGGUGGAAGAGGAAGAGGAUGAAGAGGAUGAUGAGGGGACUCCUGGGGACUUCCAGGGCCCCGCCCCCUCAGACUACGAUGAGACCGGGCGAGGGCUGAACAUGGGGCGGCCCCCUGCGGCGUGGUGGGGCCUCCUGGAGCCCCAGCUGGCUCAGGCCCUGCUGGACAGGAUGGAGCCUCAGGUGGCUCAGACCCUGCUGCAGAGAGCCCGGCAGCAGAGACUCCAGCAGGCCGGACCGGGUCCAUCGAGCCGAGACGGAGAGCAGGAGGCUCUGAGGCGGCUGGUUGCUAGGCUACUGUCCGGUGUCGGCCCGAGCGCUCCUGCUGUGAUGUCAUCAGGCCGCAGAGUGAGGAGGGGCGUGUCCUUCGCACCAGUGGAACUGGCAAGCCCCGCCCACAGGAGAAGCCGCCGUUCACUUGAAGACAUGGCUCCUCCCUCUCCAAGCUCAGACCCGCCUCUGCUCAGAGUGAAGAGGCUGGAGGACGAAGAGGAGGAGGAGGAGGAGGAGAAGCUCCGCCCCCCUGCUGCUGGGCUGCAGAGGAUGAAACGCAUUGACACCAUGGCAACCAACGCCAUGGAAGAACUGAAUCAUGGGAGUCAGAGGCGCCGCAGGAGGGCCCUGAACUACGACCCCCAGAUACUGAUCGAUCAGAUUCUUCAGUACAUGAGGGAGUAAGGAGGGAGGAGACAAGGAGAUGAGGAGAGGGAGUAAGGAGUAAGG